AUGUCCGAGACCCACGCCGGUCCCCCGACGCCUCAACGUAGCGUCUCCUCUCCCGAUACUUUUUUCACCUCCGCCGCCGCCUCCUUCAACCCUCGCCCGUAUCAGCCUCCCAUCCAAGGACCGCGACCAAGACCACCCCCAGCUGCUCGCAACAACUCGCUCAUGCAUCCCCAUAUCCCCAUGGAUCCUCUCCCAACCGACCCCGGUGCAAUCUUCAUCCACCCGCCCUUCGACAAUUUUCCCGGACACGAGAACUAUCCUGAAGGUAUCACCUACUCUGUCAUGGCUGCCAACCCAGAGUGGUUCCUAGAUCCCACCGAUUACACUUCGGAGAAUCAAACUCACAACAAUCCACACGCUAUCGGUUAUCCCACUCAGCUCGAGCCUCCCAGAGGUUGGAACCCCUCGAGGAAGAAGGAUCUCAAGGAUCGUGGCGGCGAUGGCUGGCCUCAAGGGGAAGAACCUCGUCUCCGCUGCACUUUCUGCAGGAGAACUUACGCUGGGAUCAACGCUAAAAGCAUGUGGCGUCGUCAUGUUCAUGAGAAACACAAGGUCGACAUGGCCAACCGCCGCCACACCACCGGAGGCGGUCGCACAGCGCCUACCAAACAAGCCAACGAUAAGGAGAAUGUGUCGGUGCCCUCCAAAGCUGGCAGGGCGAACAAAGCCUCUGCAUCUCAAUCUGCCGCUCCCCGGGCGUCCUCUUCAAAGUCGAGGCAACGCUCGACGACUGCUGCUAGCGCUCCUCCUCCAGCCUAUUCCGCUGCUCUUUACGACAGAGGGAAUGGCCAUGAGUCGCACGACGACUACGACUACGAAUACGAUGGGGAAGAAGACGAGCUAAACCCCCCUGGCGCGCCUCGCAUUCCUCAAGAAGAGUUCCCUGCUCCUGCAUAUGAACAUGAUCUAUCCCGCCCAUCUGUCUCCCGCUCCGGUUUCAGUGCGUCACCUCCUCCGGACUCACCUCAGUCUGAUACUCUCGACGAAUACGUCCCACCGUAUACUCCGCCCGAGGAACCAGAAGAACAGAGGCCCUCUUCUCCUGUGCUCGCCCUCAACGACCCUGACUAUGGUCUUAUCACGCCCAAUUAUCACCCCUCACCGUUCCGCGCCGUCAAAGCCUGGCGCUUCCCGGAUCCGAGUCACCCGCUGCACCAGGACGUGGGCGAGCUACCUCUCGCUGCUGUCACUGGUUACGCACCCAGUCCAUCCUCAGCCGUCAAGACCUCGCCUUCCGGCCUUGAUGCCAGCCCGCUCAUCAUUUCGUCGACGACGCGCAGACCCGCGAGCUUGUUUAAUACUCCGAGCGUGGGCGUAAUCACCAGACGGGCGGAGAACACUCUGGAACGCAUGUUCGACGAGCCCUCCCCCGCCCCCAUGUCUACUCCUCGCAAGCUGUUCGAUUCUCCCGGGCCCGUGAUCGAUCGUCUGCUGGGCAAGCGAGGUCGUUCUGACGAUUCGCCCUCGUCCAGGUCCCUCUUCAACCUUACACCUGGGCGCUGGGCCAGUGGCACCUCCGGCAAUCUCUUCGGGCCCGCUCUCCCCGCGGGCGACGAUCCGUUUGCCACUUAUAAGACCCCACGCAAGACGGACAGUCCGUUCUUCAGGGACAGGUUCAGGAGCAGUGAAGGCAGUAGUUCCAGCCCCAUGAUUGUCACUCCGCCGAACGAUAGUCCCAUAGUCCGUCUUCGUAAGGCAUCGGGCCUCAAGAGCAAAGGCACGGAUAAGUCGAAGAGUACAGUCGGUCUUUUGGAUGCGUUCAUGCAAACGCGAUCAGGGGUGAGGGUUCUCGAUGAAGAGGCGGGGAAUGAAGACGAAAGUGGCAGUGAGGAUUCGGAUGGGUGGGAUCCACUUGCAAAGGGACGUUUGAGCAGCUCUAAAGAGUUGAUGAACUCGAGGUUGUCGAAUGAGAGGUCUACACCUGGUCGUCCGCCAAUGAAGAGGAGGAGGAAGAGCGAGGAUUAGACGGGACGAACCGAUCCCUUCCGGGCUUUGGUAGGGUGUUCUUCGCCCUUUGGUUUCUCCGCGCGAUGUUGUUGUCACGACUUGCUAUCGACGUUCUGUUUCCCUGCUUGCUUUCACUAUGUAUCCCUACUGGCGAGCUGUAUCGCUUGCGGGCCUCGUUCAAGACCUUGUAUAUUCUCAUCUAUCCAUCCAUUCGCUCAGCCGCUCAUCCAUCCCAGUGUGUCAUACGCAUCGUUUCUUGACCUUCAUCCAUCUAUGUAUGCCUGUCUCUCUUCAUUUUGUGGUAUAGUUUCCUGAUCACGUAGUUCGAUACGCGGCGCCUCCUUUCUCCCUUGAUCCCAUCUACUUCUUUCUUGUCUUUCGACACUCACUCCCUUGCGACCCAUCAUCUCGAUCUCGUUACUUAAAGGCUUCACGUCUUGAUAUACGUAGAUGCACCCCUCUUCUUUCUAGUUACUAGCACGUCCAUCGCGGCUGCUCUGCGUCCUCCUCGUUUCUUUUUACUUUCGUCAUCUUAUUAUCGUGUGGUCGCCAUGUUUUCUUUGCGUCCCCCACGUCCGCUUGGUCUUUGACUCUUGCAUCGUCGAACAUUUUCUUCUCAUGCAUGACAUGAUGACCCUAUGCCUCCCCUUAUUUUCCUGUUGUGUUCCGCAUACUCUUCACUCAGUAAUAGCCAUGGUCUUUUACUACCAAGACAGUGACCUGUUCUCGAC